GGAGCAGCGAGCGCCCGUUGGAGCGGGAGGAGGCCCGAGGUCCGCGUCAUGUGAGGCGUUUGUUGACUUCCUCGCAAGGCGGCGGGCGGGGCCGGCGUCCCGGGGACUUCCCGCGGAGGCCGAGGCCGGUACCGGCACCCCGGCGGGGCGGAGACGAUGGGAGCCCGAGGGGGCCCGGGCAGAGAGUGGGGCGGCCGUGGCGCUGCCUUCCCGCUGAGGUGACCGACCGCUUCUGACCCGCUAGGCCCGGGCAAGGCCCGGAGAGGAGGAGCGGGGUGGCGGGGGCUUGAGUGGCGUCUCUGGCCGCUUCUGCUGUACGGGUGAAAUGUCAUCGAGGCAUCCCCGCUGAGGGACGAUGGGCAUCGAUUAAAAGUACUGCUAACCAGUCUCAGCUGUCAUGGAGGAGUUGGUAGAGGAUGACAUCUGUAUUUUGAACCAUGAAAAAGCAGACAACACUCAUAAGAGAGACAGGGAGAUUCCUGUUUCAUCUUACAGUGGAGAUGAGUCUGUUGCCUCGCACUUCGCACUUGUCACUGCAUAUGAAGAUAUCAAGAAACGACUAAAGGAGACAGAGAAGGAAAACUCCUUCUUAAAAAAAAGAGUGAGAAUUCUAGAAGAGAAGCUGCUUGGCUCCCGGCUGGAAGAGGAAUGCAGUUCAGUUGGACGUGAGCAAGUAAAUAAGGCAUACCAAGCCUAUCGAGAGGCCUGCAUCGACCGAGAUAAUCUGAAAAGCAAACUGGAUAAAAUGAUGAAAGAAAGUGCGGAGUCUUUGAAAAACUUGAAUGAACAGUUGCAGUCUAAAGAAGUAGAGCUGUUACAACUAAGAACUGAAGUGGAAACUCAACAAGUGAUGAAAAAUCUGAAUUGUACACAGUCCAGCUGGGAAAUAGAGAAGCUGAACAGUGACCUGAAAGUGCAUAGUCUAGAACAGGAUCUAGAAAAGCUCAAGCAAGAGUGCAACAGUCUCAGAAAUGAGUUGCAAAAAUCCAAGCAGAAGGACCAGGCUCAAGAAGAAAAUCCAUUAAAUGGCGACUUCCUUCAAAAGGAAGACAUCCAGAGAAGUGUGCAUCAAGCAUAUUGGGAACUGAAGAGAGAAAUGUCGAAUUUGCGUCUACUGAGCGAAAUGCAAGCUGAGGUUCUACGGAAACUGAAAACACACCCAACAGCGACCAAGAAAGCUGCCUCUACUGCACCAGUACAGUGUGUCGACUUGAACGUCUCAAAGCCGAAUUUGACAUCUGGGGUAGUCUAUAAAAAACUGUCACAAAAUGAUCGAGUGCUCUGCAACGCUGUGUCUCCCCCUCUGCCGAGGGAUGCGAGAAUCCCCUCUGAAAGGGUCACUCUACAAGCAUGGACAGAUGAGAGACCCAUUCCCGUCGAUGGCAAACCAUUUCAGGAACACCAUUCUUAUGGAAAGAGCUCUCUGGAAGAUAAUUCCUGGGUAUUCCCAAGUCCUCCAAAGCCUAAUGAGAAUGUGUUUUGGGAAAUGAAAAACAAAACCACCUUGUUAAACUGUCCAGCUGAUUACCUGGAUCAGUGUAAUCAAAACUGUCUGCACAAGAGUUAAAGAGUUUUUAGAAUGAUCUGAGGCAUUUUUUAGAAUCGUUGUGAAUAGGCACCUUAAUGCUUGAACUUUUAAAGAGGGAAAACAAAUUGCCUGAAUUGGUCAUGGACUGUUUUGUUGGUUUUAAUUUUAGUUCUGAAACAGAAAGCCUAGUCUUCCUCUGCUGUAAGUCAGGAGCAAGUUUCUUGAAGCUAAAGCUGUGCUGGUAUAAUGUAAAUGUAAAGAAAUCUAGCACGGGGCCUAGAUAGCCUUGUAUUGCAAAAUUACAUACAUUUGCAAAAUAUGACACUGAAGAGUGAGUUCUUGGAAUAAAACAAAAUAAUCCAGUUUGGUAUUUGUUUGCUAUUUGUAUGUUAUCCAAAAAGCACUUGGUAUCUAAUGUUAAGAUGUGUAACAGCUCCGAGCUUAUUUUUAACUGUGUGGGUUUUUGUUUUUCCAGAGUAAGACAUAAAAUGAAGAAUUGCGUUCUCUCUCCCUUCCCCGUUUCAAUUAACUUUCCGAUUCCUCUGGUUUAGAAAUGCAUUUUUAUGUAAUUUUAGCCAAGAAAGGUGAGGUAUUUUUUUGGUCAAAAUCUUGAUUAGUGGCAAGAGAAGACUUCACUCCUAGGCUAUCCAGCUUAUAUGGCACCAUUUUGGGCCUUAUUGUGCGUUACAAAGGAUGAUGAGUGAUGCUGCUGGACACUGUGAAUCCUGCAUAUGCAGCUCGUUUCCUUCAGUUCCCGCUGUAGGAAAGCGAGUGAAUUCUGUGCGCAGCGGUGCGGGCGCGGACCGUCCUGUUCUCAGUGCGGUGAUCCUCACGGUGCCUCCUCUGCACAGCACCAGAACCAUGACUUUUCAUUCGUGUGGUGGUGAAGGCUACUACUUUAAGACACAAAGCCUUAAUUUAAUUGGAUUAGGUGGUGUAGCACUGUUGAUCUCCAUAAGAAGUGGUUUUGUGGUAUCUUUAGUAUGCCACUAAGAGCUAUUUGAAUUGCAGCUGUCUGCUUUAUAGAUUAUGGGUGUCUAAGAAGUACUUUACUUUUUUCCUCUUAAGGUCAAGAACUGGUUUUAGACAAAUACAAUUUAUGCCUAUUUUUUUUUUCUAAACUGCUCUGCUUCAUUUCUGGCUUAGUACGAGGGGGUUAAGUAAAAUGCCUUGACUGCUCAGUACGUUGAAGAAAAAUGCUUUGUAUUUUAGAUGAUACCUAACUUGUAAUGGGUGGGAAGAUAAUACUAAAUAUGUUAUUUAGCGAUGUGUGGGUGGGUGAAGUAUUCAACUUCACAGGUCCAGCUUAAGAUCAGUGUAAUAAAAAUUAAUUUCACAGCUGUUUAGUAGCAAAUUAUGUUAAAAUUGCUUGCAAAUACAUGGAGAAGCUGUGAUCAUACCACAGCCACAGUAAUGAGGGGUAGUAAAAGUGUCACUGAGGUGCUACACGACCUGUGUGGUUCCAGAGCCUUCCUCCCCUCUGGAGUACGAACUUCAUACGAUGCCCGUUUUCUCCUCUGCUUUCAGUUUGUCUAUCAAAGUUUAAAAAAUGCCUUGCAGCUACCUUCUGCUGUAUUAGUGAACAGCAUACAUAAAUAAUGUUUCCCACUCAGCAGAUAUUGUUUUUAUAUUUUGAUUAUCUUGCUCACGUAUACUGGCUUGUCUGUGAUUAAUGGAAAUGGUGUCAGAUGCUGGAAUUUAUUCUGACCAAUGAACACAGCUGACUCAGGGGAGUACAAUCUCUUGGAAAGUAAUAGAACAAAACCCAAUAUGCAUAAAACAAAUCCAAGUCACUAGGCUUCAGCUGAUAAAACCAACUACCUGUGUAAUAACAAAGCAGCAAACACUUCUCAUGUGGCUACAUAAGGUAUACGGUAUCUAGUUCAAAUGUAGCUGAUUUUUUGGGGUUCCCCACCUCCACGUCACAGAGGUUUUUUUAUUAAGUAAUGUAUUAUUUGACAGGCAUCAACGUGAUUAAUACUUCAAUUUGUGCAAUGAAGGAAUUCUACUGUGUAAGAUUUUAAAUAAAUUUAUUUUUGUUUGAAA